GCGCCCUCACCGUUCGCACCGCCCUCAGCCGCAGCUGCGCCGCCCUCACCUCUCGCAUCGCCCUCAGCCUGGCUCGGCCGUACCUCCCGCUAGCUCAGUCCCCGCCCCGGUCGCCCCAUUUGCCUUGCCCCCGACUCCGCCCCAGUGACGGCGGAGUGACGGGACGGCCGCGGGUCUGGGGAGUGCGUGGCGCGCCGGCGCGGGGAGCGCCAAGAUGGCGGCGGCGGCGGUGGGUGAUGGGGAGUUCGCCGCCCUGCAGAGCUUGCUGAAGGCACCGUCGCGGGACGCCGUGCGGCAGCUGUGCCAGGAGUGCUUUUCCAGCCCGCCCGCCUCGCUCGGCCCGCUGGCGCAGCGUGCCUGCCCCAGCCUGGCCGCCGGCCCCGCCGAAGCGGAGCAGCUGGUGUCUGCUUUGCACCACCUCACCAGGCACGUCGUGUACCGGGGCUUGACGAGGGCUGAAGAUAUCCUCGCUCUCUUCCCAGAAAACUUCCACCAAAACCUGAAAAACCUUUUGACCAAGAUAUUCUUGGAGAAUAUCUCUGCCUGGAGAAGUGAAGCACAAGCAAGUCAGAUCUCCCUCCCACGGCUGCUUGACAUGGACUGGAGGGUGGACAUCAAGACAUCUUCAGACAGCAUCAGCAGAAUGGCAGUCCCUACAUGCCUGCUUCAGCUAAAGAUUCAGGAAGAUGUUUCCUUAUGUGGAAAUAGUCCUGUUGUUUCUGCACUGACGGUGGAACUGAGCAAAGAAACCCUGGACACUAUGUUGGAAGGUCUGGGAAGGAUCCGGGACCAACUUUCUGCCGUUGCAAACAAGUGAAUACUCAGGGACUUGGAUUUUAGCAGCGAGGAAGUGUUCUCUACCCACAGCUCUCAUAAGUUGCAACCCAGUUUAACAUGUUUUCUGUUUUAACCAAACAAUAUGGAAGAGAUUUCUUUGUUGUAUUGAUAGCUUUGGAAAAGUUCAGAGGCGUUCUUUUCCAUGCCAGAAAGUGGUUUCCUAAUAUGUUGUUCAAGAAAAGCUGGUCUCUAUUUCCAAAAAGGAUUUGAGAGCUCAGAGCUUGGCUUAAUCACACAGGUCAAAACUGGAAAGAGCAAAUAGCAGACACUUCCUUGGCUACAGCCCUCUCUGCCUUGCCAUGAGGAUGUGAGAGGCUGGAGCUGGUUUGGGGCUGCUUGCCAGAGUGUGCUGAGGGCAGUGCUUUUGUGCUCUGUAGCACAGCCAUGCUGCAGAUUGUUAUUACAGGAUAAUGCUUUGAAAUAGGGCAAUUAUGCCACAACACAUUCCCUUCUGACCAGCUUUAUAGCACCACUUGCAAAAUGACUAGUCUGAACAGCUUUAGCAGCAAGUGAUUUCCUCUGAACAGAAAAAGAGUUCAGAAAAUUCAUGUUUGGAUUUAUUGGACUCUGAGCUUUGCCUUCGCUGCAGGAAAGUCAGGCUGGGAAAGCAGAGCAUUGCUGGCUGCACUGCAGGAGCCCUUCUGUGGCAACAUGUGCCUCUUGCCAAAGCAGUCUCUUGCGUGUUUGUAUGAAUCUUCAUUUCAUUAAAAAAUGAACUGCUAA